GCUGAAAUUUAUUGUUUACGUCUGUCGUGGAAGUAGGUCACAGAGUGAGUGGAAGCUCAAAGAGAAGGAGUUGCAGUAUUGCGAGUUGUGACAAAUGAAUAAUUAAAAGAAGUCCGCUGAAUACAGAAUAUUCUUCUGGAAUAUAGAAGAGCAUACCUCAUUGGAUCCGGCAAGGCGUAUACCACGAGCAAGCUGGUGUUAUUCAGGUCCCCGGGCCCUACCUGCCAUGUCGAGGCGGAACAGGAGCAGCCGCGCGUGGCGCUACGUGUGGAGCGGGAUCCAGCGGGACGAGGACGCCAGGGCGCUGGUGCUGGCCUCCGAGAGCGAAGAGUGGGGGUACGAGGGUCUGCAGUACAGCGACUCGGACUCGGAGCCCAAGUUCCCCGGCAUCGCCCCGGCGGUGCCCAGCGCCGUGCCCGUCACCGGGGAGUCCUACUGCGGCUGCGACUCCCUGGCCGAGCCCAGCUACAGCACCCGCCUGAGGGGCUUCCACCGCGUCAAGGACUGCCACUGUGGGGAGGAUGACCAGGAUUGCACUGUCAGUGUGAAAACCAUGAAGUGUCAGGGGGCACAAGACUUUGACUGGGUGUGGGAUGACAGUAGCAAGUCCACUGCCACACUGCUCAGCUCCGACAGCCGCAAGGUGAACUUCCACACGGAGUACAGCUGCGGCACGGCUGCCAUCCGCGGCACCAAGGAGCUGGCUGACGGCCAACACUUCUGGGAGAUCAAGAUGACCUCCCCCGUGUACGGCACAGACAUGAUGGUCGGCAUCGGGACGUCGGACGUGAACCUGGAUAAGUACAGGCACACCUUCUGCAGCCUACUGGGGAAGGAUGAGGACAGUUGGGGACUUUCUUACACAGGACUGCUCCACCACAAAGGCGACAAGAUGAACUUCUCGUCCCGCUUUGGCCAGGGCUCCAUCAUUGGGGUGCACCUGGACACCUGGCACGGCACCCUCACCUUCUUCAAGAACCGCAAGUGCAUAGGCGUAGCCGCCACGAAGCUCCAGAACAAGAAGUUCUACCCCAUGGUGUGCUCCACGGCGGCCAAGAGCAGCAUGAAGGUCAUCCGCUCGUGCUUCGCCCCCACCUCCCUGCAGUACCUGUGCUGUGCGCGCCUGCGCCAGCUGCUGCCCGACUGCACGGACACUCUGAGCGUGCUGCCCCUCCCGCCCGGCCUGCGCCACCUGCUGCACAACAAGCUGGGCUGGGUGCUCAGCCUCAACAACGGCGCUCUGGACGGGCCCGACCGGUCCCAGGACUCGCCCAGCCCCCCGGGCUCCUAUGCCUCCCCCGCCCCCUCCUCCGGGAGCGACUCCGAGGGCUGCUCCUCCGACCCCGAGGCCUGCCAGAGGAAGCGCUGCCGCUGGACGUGACUCCAUCCCCCCCCCCGCCCUUCCCCUUCCCCGCCCCGCCCCCUCCAUGCCCCCUCACCUGAACCAGCCAUCGGAGAGAAAGACUGCUGAGCUCGUGAAAAGGCCAGGAAAGACGUGUUCCGUGAGUGGCUCACGCUUCCUGCUUUAAACAUUCGGCUCUUUGUCCUUUUUUAUGGAACGGAAAUGUAACUCGAUUUGCGCUGCAGUUCCAAAGAUGCUGUUUGUUGACGGUUUCUUGAGGAGCGGGAGCCUGUUGGGAGAAGCCAUUGCUGGGCUGUGGUCAGCUCUUGUGUUUCCCUGCCCUGGGGUCAGACUUCGUCUAGAGAGGGAGCCAAAGCUGGUUAUGAGGAGUGCCCAUGCCUCACGGUAAAGUGGCCAAAUCGCCCACGUGUCACUUCCUGUUGUGUAUGUCUCCGCCAGCCUCAAUACUCAUGAACUCGCCUACAUCUGAAGUGGACCAGGCACAGCUCUCUAUCCCAAGCUGGGGAUACUCUAUGUAACAUACAGUCAUUAAAUAUGGAUCAGCGUUCUAUUCUGUUGUUCUAUUCUAAGGUAAGGUUUGCUUGCUGUGAAUAGCUAGCUUUACUGUAGUGGUCAUCUGGUUACCCAUACAAUGAUGCAUGUGUAAGGAGCUUGCAGCUGACUAAUUGUGAAUUGAUGACAACAUACCACAGAAUUCAACGGUUUCUAAUGAGUUUACAAUAUGCUUUCAAAACAAAUUUGGCUAAGUAAAUUAUUUCAAACGGAGCAUAUAUAACCCUUUCUAGCAACUUGCAGGUGUUGGUACUUUGUGCAAGGCUGAGCUAUUCUGCCUAAUGGAAGCUGUGGCUAUCUGGUGGAAAGAGCCAGAAUGGAAGAUAGUGGCUUUGACGUGUGAAUAGUGAUGUAUGGGCACUUCCCUUUUCUUGGCUUGAGCUCCUCCCACCAUAGUUGUUAUUGGGUGGAACAAAAGAAAGCUUGUUGCGUUUCACUGUUCAUCUCCUUUCUGUAGAGGACAUCAGUCGUAUCUGAGCCAAAUACAAUGCGAGUGCGCUGUGAACUUGCAGAGUACAAGUAAUCAUACACACGGACGUGCAUAAGGCAGAUGUUGAAAUCAGUUGAUAUUUAGUUUCAUUCUGUACGUCAGUUGAAUUUGGGUCUUUUUUAUACAUGUACACAUUUCAACAUUUACAGUUAACCUGCUGGUCGUUAUUUUGCACAUUUGCCUGAAUCUAAGUUGAUUACUGUGGAAUUGAAUUACUGAUUACGCUAUGCACCGAGUUCUUAAAACAGUCACGCAGAAUAACCUCUAGAAUAAUAGCCCCAGUUAAGGACUUAAUGUGGAGGAGCCUGAAAUUAACUGCUGACGGUGCUCCAGUUUUCAAAAUCCAUCAAGAUUUAGUGCAGCACGACUAGUCAUAAGAUCCACUGUGGCUUGUUUACAUUUUUAGUGUCUUUGUAUUGGCUCUGAAAUGGACCAUAGAUCAUCUCUUAAUACAUUCUCAAUCUGUUUUUUUGCAAUAUAGAAAUAAUACAAAAUGAAAUGUGCACAAUAACGCAGACAGUCAAGCUACGAAGUAAUCUUGUUAUCAGGAUAGCAUACUUCUCACAUGUAUAAUCCGACUAGUUCCGUAAAAAACAGCUAAUUAUUCUUUUAAAAAUUCUAAUUGGAAAAAAAAAAACAGCUAAUUAUUCUGCAUUGACUGGCCGCUCAGAAAUAACUGACCUAACAAAUCAUUUUCAUGACCAUCAUCUCUGAUAUUGUAACUGUUAUUUUUGUGAUUUAUGAUGACAGUUGUCAUAAUCCUUAAUAUUUAUAUCAUUUCUGUUGUUGAUAAAGGCUCUGCACUGUUUUUCUUUUAUGGUCAAUCCUAGGCUACUGGGACAGGCCAUAGCUGCUUUACUGGCACUACUAGUCCUCAGUACAUGUGGUCACAUCAACAACAAAAAACUAUCUCCCUGCCUCCUGGCUUCAGCACUGUGAGGUGGUCUGUUGAGUUUCUCAGAUCUCACCCUCCAGAGCUGCUGGUCUACAGUAGGUGAAAUCUGGCUGCGCAUCAAGUUGAGUUUGCUGAUGAAGACCAGACAAUUCAUCACAUGAUCCCUGCUUGCUCAAUUUAAAAGUUAAUUGUCACGGAAUUGUAAUUUACGGCACCUUUCUUUGGUUUUGGGGGAAUAACACAUUUUAAUUUGUAACCGUUCUUUCCUCUUGUUCUUACUGAAUUUAGAUUUGUUAGGAUUACUUGGAUACAAGGACCCUUGCUGACUAACUCAUACACAAGACUAAAUCAUAUCAUUGAUCUUAUAACCUUCACCUAGCUGCUUAUUGAAGCUAGAAAUAUUUGACAUUCAUGAAUCAAUUGAAGUUGUAGUCCAUAUAUGAAAUCCAACAUUAGGAAUUAAUGUUCAAUUUCAUACCUUCAGCAAAUAUUUUUAUAACCAAGUUUGGCUAUUAUGAAAGUGUUACCUUCACAAUACAGAAUGUUUAUGUGGCAUUGUCAAUGUCCAAUUACGCAUUUGAAUUUUGAAAACAAUGGCUGCAGUAGCUUUGGAGAAAGACUUUAUUCGGUAAAAUUUGCCCUUUUAAACCCUCCGUGAGCUGUCAUUUGUGCAAAGUCCACAACAUGCUGUCCUUAACUAAUGCCAUGAAUCUGGACCACUGUUCUAUUGAGUUUGACUCGGCUGUAAGGGAAGGGAGUGGGGGAGAUUUUGGAAGGUGGGAUGUCAAAGUGAAAGUUACUGUUUAAACUCCCACGUAACCACCACUCUGAUAAGCGACCUACUGGAUUACCCAGCAUGUUACUGUCAGUUUCUAAUCAAGAUUUACAGCCUGGUGAAGUGGCAACUUUUACACAAGUGUAGUACAAUAACGCCCGUACUUGCGCUCGUGGUGCAAGAUAGGACUACUAAUCCUGUGAUUGAUUGCGCAUGGUCACUGUGCUGGGAACAAAAGGUUUCUUGCAGAUUCAUUUCUGCAUAUUCACACUGAAAUUUUAUCAGCUGCCAUGCAUAUUUAAAUUUUUACAGAUUCCCCCCCCACUUAUCAUGUACCCAUCUCCCCUCUGGUCCCAUUGCACUAGGUUAUGUGGGAGUUUACUUAAAAACCUUUUGUUGUAAAACCUUUUGUUCUGCAGAAAAGAACAAAAGGUUUUGCUCACUGGUUUAACUUUAACUAUGUACAUAAUGCAUGUCAUCAUUUCCUAUCUGAACUGCUGUUGUGUGUCCCUAAAAGCAUGAUACUUCAUUUGCAAAUAAAAAAUAAGCCAUUUGUACAAAAUUGUAAUGGCUAUAACAGCAGAUUUUUUUCUAAAUAAACAGUCUCAGACAUUAA